AUGGUGAUGCAGACGCAGCAGGGCCUGAAGGAGCAGUACAGGCUGGGUUCGCUGCUGGGGCGCGGCGGCUUCGGCAGCGUCUUCGCGGCCACGCGGCUCUCGGACGGCGCCCCGGUGGCCAUCAAAAGGGUGCCACGCAACCGCGUCCUGCACUGGGGCGAGCUGCCCGACGGCACCAGCGCACCCCUGGAGAUCGUGCUGCUGGCCAAGGUGUCCACUGGCUUCCCUGGUGUGGUCCAGCUGCUGGAGUGGCUUGAGCUCCCCAAGGACAUCUUGAUGGUGCUGGAGCGGCCAAAGCGGUGUCAGGACCUGCAUCGUUUCAUUCGGGCACGGCGGUUCCUGCCCGAGGAGGAGGCGCGGGAGCUGUUCCGCCAGGUGCUGGAGGCCGUGCGGCACUGCACCAGCUGUGGGGUCCUGCACCGUGACAUCAAACCAGGGAACAUCCUGGUUGACCUGGACACUGGGCAGGCCAAAGUAAUUGACUUUGGCUGUGGCACCUACCUGCAAGACACAGCCUACACUCACUUUGCAGGAACACGGUCAUACAGCCCCCCGGAAUGGACCCACUUUGGCCGGUACUAUGGCAAGCCAGCUACCAUCUGGUCCCUGGGCAUCCUGCUGCACCAGAUGGUCUGCGGGGAGCACCCUUUCAGGAGGGGCCAGAACAUCAGCUGGGACCAUCAGCUCUCGCUGCCACAACGGCUCUCUCAAGAGUGCCAAGAUCUGAUCAGGCAGUGUUUAUCCAUGCUGGACUUGGAAAGGCCCUCAUUAGAAGAGCUGUUCUGUCAUCCUUGGAUGAAGGAUAUUCAUCUGCCCUAGAAGAAGGGAGAGAGCCACAGGCACACUUUGAUCCAGGGCCCUGCUGGGGCCCUGGGCAGAGCCCUGAGAGCCUGAUCUGCCCCCAGGGAAGGAGAAGGAGCCCCUGGAGAAGCUGUACCAGGUGGGGCUGCUGCUGUUGGAGAGAGUGAGGAUGACACCAAGGAUGACAAGCUCUUCCUCAGCCUGGCCAGCUGAAGAUGAUGGACUUUGAUUCUGGCACCUUCUUCAAAGCCAGGCUCCACAGUGAAUUUGCAGAUGAGUCCACAUGCAGGGGGAUGUUCUCAGAUUUGGGCAUUGCCCAGCCUGGCUGGGAACCAAAGGCUUCCCCUUUGCUGGGGCAGAUGCAGCUCAUUCUUCAGUGGCUGCCCAGCUGCUUUUGGCAGGGCUGGGGCAUGGCCUGGGGUGGGUACGAAAUGGGAGUGGGCUCCUGGCCCUGCCAACAGCCCCCAGCACCCACCAUGCCCCGGGCUGGGGCUGGGGCAGCCAGCCCGACACAAACAAAGCCCCAUGGUGGGAGCAGAGGUGGGACUCCAGAACUUGUGCAGGGGCUGCUUUGCUGUACAGGCAAGGAAGGGCUUGGGCUUCUCCACUGCCCUUGUUUGCUUUGGGGUCACCGCGAUUUUAGGGGGCAGUGCAGGGGGGGAAGAGAGAAAGUGUGGGCUUCCCUCACCCAUGGAUGGGUUUUUCCCUAUCAUGUGGGGGUUUGGCCUUCCUCAAGGCCCUGACAGAGAUGGGAGUUUUUACUGUUUUUCUUGUUUUCUCUUUUUGUCUCUAAUCUCUUUUCAAUAAUGUGUUGUUUGUUUUUCCAGAGGAAGCGUUCCAGGUGGUCCAGUGUGGAUGGGGAAGUGCUUGGGAGCAGCUGUGGCGUGGAUGGGCCGUGCCCUUGGAGAAGGCUGAGGACAUGGUUUGGGAGCAGCUUUUCUUUCAGCCGUGGCUGGCGUGAGCCAGGCUCUGCGGGUGCUGAGGCUGCUCUGGGCUCUGCCAGGGCUCUGCUGGGCUCAGCCCUGAGCCCAGCUGGGCUGGCUCUGCCCUCACAUUGCUCUGACAGCUCUGCAUCAGAUGAGCCCAUUGCGAGCACAGCACCUGAGCUUUCUGCUUUGGCAGCAGUGCCACGAGUGGGCCAAAGCUGGCGAGUGGGCCGUGCUCCUGAGGCAGUGCAGUCUGGAGCUGAUGGAUGGAGAACUGCCCUUCUGCACUUCCAAACCAGAGGAAAAAGCUAAAACAUGUCCUACAAAAGGAAUGUCUUUUGCUCCUGGUUCCCGUGUGGAGCAGCUCCCUUCCUGCUGGCUGAGCUGCUCAGGCAGAGCCCGGCAGCCCUUGGCCCGGCAGGGCUGAGGCUUUUCCCCAUUGCUGGGCACAGACUGAUGGAGCAGCACUGCUGAACAGAGGCACACAGAGGGACCAGCAGCAGCUGCCUUUGGCCACCUGAGGCUCCAAGGCCCAAACUCUGAGCAGCCAGGGCUGGAAGAGACUGGCAGGAUCUGAUCCCUGACUCUGGGCCAGGGCUGCACAAAUGACCCCACAGCAGCAGCAGCAGCAGCAGCAGCAGCACAUGGAGCUGACUUGGAGCACAGCCCCUGCCCCUCUUCCCUCCCGUGUGCAGCGGUGUCACAGCAGCCUGAGGCACCUGGGAGCCCCCAGUGUGGGGGGAGAUGGCAGCCCUGGGCUCCUGGAGGCUGUGGAAGGAACGGAGCU